AUGUUAUCAAAAAAACAAAACUUGCAUAACAAGGAUGUAAGCGAAAGUAUUCUUGAUACUUUACCUAUUUCAAAUAGAAUUAAAUUGAAUGACCACCAUAAGGCCGUUACUGCACUGGCCCUCGAUCCUGCAGGUGCGCGUCUUAUUACUGGAGGUUUUGAUUAUGAAGUUAAAUUCUGGGAUUUUGCUGGAAUGGAUUCUACAUUAAAACCUUUCAGAACCAUUAAACCAUGUGGGGAUUACCAAAUACAUCAUUUGGAGUAUAGUUUGAGUGGUGAUCAAUUUUUAAUAAUUUCAGGUUCUUCUCAACCAAAACUUUAUAACCGUGAUGGUUUUGAGCUUGAGGAGUACAUUAAAGGUGAUCCCUAUAUAAGAGAUAUGCGAAAUACAAGUGGUCAUGUAACGAGUUUAACGUCUGGAGGUUGGCAUCCAAACGACAGGAAAACAUUCUUUACUGCAUCUGCUGAUGGCACAAUAAGAAUAUGGGAUGUUGAAAAUAAACGAAAACAAAAAAAUGUUCUGGUUCAUAAGUCUAAGCAAAGAGGUGGUCGAAGUAAUAUAACAGCAGCAUGUUAUAGUCCAGAUGCUAGAUUUUUGGCCGGAGCUGCUCUUGAUGGUUCAUUGUUUUUGUGGGGAACAAAAGGUCCAUUUGUAAGACCGUCUCAUACGAUUGAGAAAGCUCAUCAACCUAAUAGUGAAACAUCAUCUAUAUUAUUUUCAAGAAAUAAUUCGACAAUAGUAACCAGAGGUGUGUGGGAUAUACGUAAUUUUAAAAAUUCUGUAGCUGAAGCUAAAAAUCUUGCAAUCUUUCAUCCUGAAGCUAAUGUAAUAUUUAGUCCGGACGAGAAAUUGAUAAUAACGGGUGUUGCAGUAAAAAAGAAUGAAGGAUAUGGAAAGUUAGUUAUGAUGGAUCGUGAAUCUCUUGAGAUUAUUCAUUCAUUAGGCAUGUAUGUUACAGAGUCUAGUGUGAUAAAAGCUUUAUGGCAUUCUAAAAUAAAUCAAAUAUUUACAGGUAGUUCAGAUGGGUCAGUUAAUGUAUUUUAUGAUCACGGAAUUAGUACACGAGGUGCUAAGUUAUGUGCUGCUAAAGGACCUAAGAAGAGAGCAAUAGAUGAUUGUGAAAUAAAUAGACCAAUUAUUACGCCACAUGCAUUGUCAGCAUUCAGAGAUGACAGACCCAAAUCAACAAAGAGGAAAAGAGAGAAACUGCGUAAAGAUCCUGUCGCUUCAAAAAGACCCGAUCUUCCUGUUAGUGGACCCGGAAAAGGAGGCAAGAUUGGUAGCAGUUUAACUCAACAUAUUAUGAAAGAGUUAAUCAAAGAUACUACAAGAGAUGUCGAUCCACGAGAAGCAUUAUUAAAAUUUGCCAAAGUUUCCGAGAGCGAUCCACAAUGGAUUGGAAAUGGUAAGUUGAAUGUUGAAAUGAGAUUUAUAUGA